GGAGACGCUGUCGAACCGCUUUGUGGCAUUGUUGUGGCAUUGAUGUUGGAACAAAGAGACAAGGGAUGCGGCUGCAGAAGCAUGCGUGCCUAGAACGCAGAGUGCCUGAAGAACAAAGGCGCCCCGGGAUACUCGAGCUGCUCGCUGCUUAAGUGCAUGAAGGAGCGUCUUAGACCAUUGGCAGAGAGAGUUAGAAUUCUGCUUGUUCACACUCCAAGCUGCAAUUCCUACAGCCGCGUGCCGAACACAGUGCACGCACGGCCAGGACGGGAAUAAGUAGCCUGCAGCAAGCAGCCUUCAGGCUGACAAUUUGGUUGGCAAUUCGCACCACCCGCUUGGCCCAUUGAGUCGCCGCAGCACGUCGCUGCUGCUUCAGUGCCCGCGUCAUCAAAGUUGUCCCACCAGACACCUCAUGCCCCGCUCUGACGAAGCGCAGGCCUUCUUCACUGCCGUCUACCGCGCCGUGCAGGAGAUCCCGCCAGGCAAGGUGACCAGCUACGGCCACAUUGCGCGGCUGGUCGGCACGCCCCAGCGCCCGCGCCAAGUCGGCGUCUGCCUGAAGCACCUGCCCUCCGACCCGUCGGCGCGCUUCAACCACGACAACGUGCCCUGGCAGCGGGUCAUCAACGCCAAGGGCGUGAUAUCGCCGCGGUAGGUACAUACAGCGCUCCCACAUCGCCGCUCGUUUGGUCCGCCCGGUCUGGUUGGUUGCAUGCGGUGCCGUCCAUUAUCGGCGUCUCCCCAAGAGUCGAAUUACUUAAACCGGCAUCAUCACUGACAAUUACUAGGUCCCAACCGUCAGGAGCGCGCAACCAGGCCGCCGCGCUGCAGGCAGAGGGCGUGACGGUCACGACGGGCGCGCUGGGUGAGCUAAUGGUGGACUUCGCUGAGUUUGGCUGGUUCCCGCGCAUCUUGCCGUCCGAGGAGGCCGAGGGGUUGGUUCCCUCCGACGAGGAUGAUGAGGAGGGGGAGAGUCGGGCGAGCGUAGGAAAUGAAGAUGAGGAUGGGGACUGAAAAGGCGGAUGAUUUGAGGGGUUGAGGCGAUGAUGAGAGGAUAUCAUUGAAGUUGUCUGCCUGUCUAUUGUGG